UGUGAGCGGAACACUUUGACUGUUGCACACCAACAAGUCGGAGACGCAUGCUUUCCUUGCAUACAAGCGAAAAUUCGUGUUUCGGCGCAGGCCUUUGAUGAUUAAGCUUUUAUUUGUGUUUUGCCCAUUUAAACCAAUAAUUGCAAUUCCAUCAUGAAACUGCUUACACACAACAUGUUAACAUCGCAUGUGAAGGGAGUAACCAAAGGAUACCCACUUCUAAUCAAAGCAACAGAGGUUAAGGUGAACGAGGUGGAGUUUAACCCACAGUUUGUCAGUCGGAUGAUCCCCAAGCUUGAGUGGAGUGCCUUAAUACAGGCAGCGGAUGGGCUGGGCCACCUUCAGGAUCUUCCGGGUACAGUUGUCCCCGAAUUUGAGAAUAAUGAUGACUUUCUGCGCAAAGUUCACAGAGUUUUGUUAGAGGUGGAGGUAAUUGAGGGGUGUCUCCAGUGCCCAGAAUCAGGAAGAGAGUUUCCCAUCUCAAGAGGAGUUCCUAACAUGCUGUUAAAUGACGAUGAAUCCUAACAUUUUUUAGAAGUUAUCCUCUGAUAGGCUAUAUAAAUUAUGUUGAAAAUUCUCCUUCAUCCCACCUAAACAUCUGACGUUCAAACUCCAUAGGGGAUUGUUUUUCUUUCUGUGAUUUUGGUUUAUUUAUGUGUUUUUAUUGAAAUUCAUAUGUUCUAAAAAUAAUAAAAUGGUUGAAUGCC